AAGAAAAUUUUAGAUACUAAAAAUGGUUUCAGUUUUCAAACAAAAUGUAUUAUUGCAAUUGUUAAACACAAGCAUUUUUCGCUGAAUGAAUGUUUUCAAUGCAAUAAUUGUUCAAUGUAGGACUUUGCAUGAUUUUCAGUUAACCGUAAAAGUAAAAAGCAUUACAUCAAACAAAGAAGAGCAUAGAACACAAGAGAACAAUAGAUUCACGAAUUAUUCGACACUCAAGGGAAAAUAGAGAAUAUUCACAUAGAAUUGUUUCCUUUGUAUUUACAAUCUAUACUGUUGUGGUUGAUAUAUCAUUGAAAGUACUACUAAAUGCUCGUUUGUCACAAAAAGUCAUGGUCAUUUUCAAUCCCUCGAGAUUAUGUUAGAAAGUCAUUUGAUUUUGAAAUCAUUCAUACUUUUCGAAAUGGAGAGUGAAGACGACUUUCAGCCGGCUAAACGCUUUCGAAAGGCUCGAACUACAGAAGAAGAGAAAGAAAUGCUUGAAAAGGCAAUACCGAAAUCAACGAGGUACAAGAACACCUGGGCCUUCAAGCUUUUUGAGGAUUGGAAAAGCGAAAGGGCGAACAAAACUGCUAUCCUGGAGGCAUCAAGUGUUAACUCAAAAUUAGAAGAAUUGGAGAAUCUUGACCAUGACUUUAUUCUCAUGAAGCCCAAGUCAUUGAAUUUCUGGGUCGGGAAAUUCAUUCAAGAAGUCACGUCUAAAGAUGGGAAAAGAUUUCCGGGUGCUACUUUGUACCAAAUUGUGGCGGGCCUUAAGAGAUUCUUAGAAGAGCACAACAGAAAUGACGUUAACAUGCUUGACAAGCAAAAACCCGAUUACGCUGAUUUGCGGAAGAUUUUGGAUGCUGAGAUGAAAUCCGCUCAAAAAGACGGCAUUGUGAGCAAGAAGGAGGACAAAGAAGCAAUAUCAGAGGAAGAGGAAGAGAAGAUGUGGUCUCAAGGUCACUUUGGAACAAUAACAGCUAAGAGCUUAUUAAAUACCGUAUAUUUUUAUAACGGCAAAAUGUUCGGUUUGAGGGCAAAUGAGCACAGAAUGCUAAGAUUACGUGAUAUACAAGUAAGCUCAAAUAUGAUUACAUAUAAAGAAAAUACAUCUAAAACCUUUCAUGGGGGAAUCAAAGAUUUAAAAAAGAAGCCAAGAUUUGUAAACCACAUUUGCCAUAAUUAGAGUAACAAAGACCAUGAGAGAUGCUGUAGAAUUUAUUUGAAGUAUUUUGAGCUUUUAAAGGAGCUAAGGCCUGAAGUAAAAGAGAAAGCUUUUUAUUUUCAACCGUACAAUGAUAAAGUAGCAUUUAAGAAUUGCGUUGUAGGCGUUCAUAGUCUUGGAGCUAUUCUUCCAAAUAUUUGUGAGUCCAUCGGGAUUAAUAGAAAAACCAGUCACUCGUUGAGAGUAACAUGUGCUUCUAAGUUAUUUAAUCUCAACGUCGAAGAAAAACUGAUCAGAGAUCGAACAGGCCAUGUUUCAAAUGCCUUGUUUAGUUAUGAAAAGUCCAGCUCAGCACAAGAGGAAAAAGUUUCUAGUUUUUUGGGACCUGUUCAAAAGGAAAAUGUUUCUGAAGCAGAUAAAACUUCAGUAAAUUUCAAUGAAAGUAGUGUCAUUCAGAAUAAUGCUUUUGCAGGCCAAGGUCAGUUGCUUAAAAGUACUAACAAUGAGGCCGUUUUUCAUGAUUUGGAAUUGCCAAAUUUUGACUUUGAUUUUGCCGACAUGAAUCUUUUCCCGAUAAAUGAGGGGUUGGCAGAAGCAACAAAUCUAAGUAGUUAUGCUGCAAAUGGCCCACCAUUACCAAUAGCUAAGCAAAGUAAGGUCAAUAUUCAAGGUAAUGUAACAAUUAAUAAC